AUGAAAUAUAUGCCCGGUGCUUCAAGUGAUGAAUUAGUUGCCGGUGGUAACAAGCCAGGCAAUAAUAGUAAUCAACUUAAUACAUUGACAAAGGUUGUUGUUGAUAAACAUGGAACUAUGUUCAUUUGCGAUCGUAUCAAUAACCGGGUGCAACGUUGGCCUAAGAAUGCUAAUAAAGGAGAAACAAUAAUGAAGAACAUAACUUGUUGGGGAUUAGCUUUGUAUAUAUCCGAUAUGGAAGGACAUCAAGUUAUUCAAUGGCCUCGAAAUCGAAUUGUUGCAGGUGGCAACGGAAAAGGUAAUGCCUUGAAUCAAUUGUCGCAUCCUUGUCACAUAUUUGUCCAACGAGAUCAAUCGAUUUUUAUUGCUGAUAAAGGCAAUAAACGUAUUGUCAAAUGGACAGGAGGUGCAAAUCAAGGAAUUGUUAUUGCCGGUUUAAAUGAUUAUGGCAAUAUGGUGUUGACCAAUUAUAUAGACCAUAUUCUGUUGUUGUUGAUCAAAUGA